AUGCAUGGAGGAAAAUUAAGCGUACAGAAUCUUCGCUUAUAUCUUGAAAGUACUCGAGGAAAAGAAGUAACAGAACGUCUUUUUACAAAUAUCUCUUGGCUCAUUGUACAUUCAUUAAAAGCUGUGGCGCCUGUUAUGGCAAAUGAUCGUCACUGUUUUGAAUGUUACGGAUAUGAUAUUAUCAUCGAUAACAAGUUAAAACCUUGGCUUGUCGAGGUAAACGCAUCACCUUCACUUACGUCCACAACAGUUAAUGACAGAAUAUUGAAAUACAAACUUAUAGACAAUAUACUGUCUGUAGUUCUUCCGCCUGAUGGUGUUCCCGACAUACGUUGGAAUAAAGUACCAUCACCUGAAGCUCUGGGAAAUUUCGAGCUCCUUCUGGACGAAGACCUAGCUAACCACGCAGAUGACCAUGGCUCGCAUUUGCCAGGGAGAGGAGCUCGCUCAGACAUGAGAAGCACGAGUCGAUGGAAAUGA